CCCUUCCUUCUCGCUCUCUUUCUUCCAGCCUGUCAGUGCCGUAGCUAAUAUAGGAGGGUGACAGUCCUCCCCUAGACCCAGCUUGCCGUACCUGACCGAGGCUUGGAGCCCCUUUCCCCCGCUCAACCAUGGCUACUACUAUCGUUACAUCCACACGCUUUACAGAUGAAUACCAACUCUACGAGGAGCUCGGGAAGGGAGCAUUUUCAGUGGUGCGCAGAUGUGUGAAGAAGUCAUCAGGUCAGGAGUUCGCCGCCAAAAUUAUCAACACCAAGAAACUCUCAGCCAGAGAUCACCAGAAGCUGGAUCGAGAGGCUCGCAUCUGCCGUCUGCUCAAACACUCCAACAUAGUGAGACUACAUGACAGUAUCUCGGAGGAAGGCUUUCACUACCUUGUCUUUGACCUGGUGACGGGAGGAGAGUUGUUUGAAGACAUUGUUGCUAGGGAGUACUACAGCGAGGCUGAUGCCAGUCAGUGUAUCAACCAGAUCUUGGAGAGUGUCCAACAUAUCCACCAGCAUGACAUCGUCCACAGGGACCUGAAGCCUGAGAACCUAUUGCUGGCCAGUAAGAUGAAGGGAGCAGCGGUGAAGCUGGCAGACUUUGGCCUGGCCAUCGAGGUGCAGGGAGACCAACAGGCAUGGUUCGGUUUCGCAGGCACCCCUGGCUACCUUUCCCCUGAGGUCCUGAGGAAGGACCCCUAUGGCAAGCCUGUGGACAUAUGGGCCUGUGGUGUUAUUCUGUAUAUCUUGUUGGUUGGCUAUCCUCCAUUCUGGGAUGAAGACCAACACAAACUCUACCAGCAGAUCAAGGCUGGGGCCUAUGAUUUUCCCUCUCCAGAAUGGGACACUGUUACUCCAGAGGCUAAGAACCUGAUUAACCAGAUGUUGACUAUUAACCCUUCCAAGAGAAUCACUGCUGAUCAGGCUCUCAAACACCCAUGGAUCUGCCAACGUUCCACCGUGGCGUCUAUGAUCCACAGACAGGAGACAGUGGAAUGUCUGCGCAAGUUCAACGCUCGGAGGAAGCUCAAGGGAGCGAUCCUCACCACCAUGCUGGUGUCCAGAACCUUCUCAGUGGGCCGGCAGCAUACCAACCCUGCUGCUGUGUCCUCCGCCGCCUCGCUGGCGCAGGAAGCAUGCAAAAGUUUACUUAACAAGAAUGCGGAUGCUGCUAAGCCCACGACCAACAACAACAGUAAGAACAGCAUCGUGAGCGCCAUCAAUGCCAUGAAGGACAACAGCAUGGCUGCCUCACAGAUGGAAUCUCAAAAUACAGUGGUUGCUGCUGAUGGGAUCAAGGGUUCUACAGAGAGUUGCAACACAAAUGAGGAUGAGGAUAUGAAAGCGGACAGCGUUGUGAUGAUGAGUCAGGGCAGUGCUACAGAGGAGAUGCCCUCCCUACUGACAUCGUCUGACAACUCGCCUGCCACUGUUCCUCUGCAUGAUGUAAAGUGCAUGGCGUGGAACAGCUCUGAUCAAGGCUCCAACCCCGAGUCGGGGCAUGCUCAUUCUGCUCCCCCUGCCGCUCUGCUAGGGAGCAACACUGUCCCUGUCACAGUCAAUACCACCACACAGCACACUCGUAAGCAGGAGAUCAUCAAGAUAACUGAACAGCUGAUUGAAGCCGUGAACAAUGGAGACUUUGAGGCCUACACGAGGAUAUGUGAUCCAGGUCUAACCUCCUUUGAGCCUGAAGCUCUGGGGAACCUGGUGGAGGGCAUGGACUUCCACAAGUUCUACUUUGAAAACCUGCUGAGUAAGAACAGUAAGCCGGUCCACACCACCCUGCUGAACCCCCACGUUCACCUGAUUGGAGAGGAGGCUGCAUGCAUCGCCUACAUCCGCCUCACGCAAUUCGUCGACAGUCAGGGACGCCCCCGCUCCAGCCAAUCGGAAGAGACCAGGGUGUGGCAUCGCCGCGACAGCAAGUGGCUCAACGUCCACUUCCACUGCUCUGGGGCUCCGGCCGCACCGCUGCAGUGAACUGGUGUCCAAACGCUCCAGGCUAUUGGAGUGUGAGUUUUGGGGCGUGUUUUCGGCUUUUUUGGGGGCGUGUCCUCUUUGUGGGUUGGCCAUUGCCAGGAGCCUGGCCGGGCAAGACUGCACCCUCUCCACAACACCAACCAAUCCAGUCUCUCUUUUGAUCUGCUGGGGGCCGGCCAAGUGUGGACUCCGCCCCUGUGGGAUGAUGCAUGCAUCUGACGGCCAAUAGGAGGGCUCGUCCUUUGACCUCUGACCCCUCCCACCCGGCAGCCAUUUUGUCUCCCGUCCAUGGCAGCCAUUUUGAGAUGAGAGGAGUGGGGAGGAAGGGGUUCAUGAACUUGUGAUGACAGUUAUGAGAAUGAGUUAUGACUAUACAGUGUAAUAUAUGACUAGUACCAGACAACACCCAACCCUAACAAGCAUUUAUAUAUAUAUAUAUACGAUGAGAGGAGAGUGUGUGAUGGUAGUAGAUGACAUGUUGAUAAAGUUAUAUCUCCGGAGCAGGAUUUCUCUGUUUCCCAGAGAAUGUAAAUUAUGAAUUCUCUUGCAGAAUUCUAUAUGGAAGGACAGUCGGUUCAAUCAGAAAUGUAAGAACCUGAUGCAAGAAACUUGAUAUCAAAAGGUGCAGCACCAAAGUGUAGAACUUUAGGCUUUGUACGCGUUUGUAGUUUUUUGUUGUUUUGUUUGUUUUUGGAGAGAAGAGCAGGUAGGGGGUGCAUUCGAGAGCAUUGUGUUUCUGUUGUGUUUUUAGCCUUGUGUUUAUGUUGCGUUUCUGUGGACUGAGUCUGACUGAGUUCAUUUUAAGCGACUGAGUUUUAAAAAUGGGUUUUAUUGUCAAAGUGAAUCUGCGACGUGUACCUCCUGUCUGUCUGUUUUAGCUGUCUGCAGUGGGAGAAAGGGAAUUUUGGGAAAAGGCGUCUGCAUUUUGCAUGUUUUCCUUCUUCCUCUCUCUCCCUUUCUUGCCCUUAUUUUUUCUGUAUUUCUAAGCCUCCUUCUCUCCCUUUUCUCACCCCUUCUCCGUUUCUCACUCCCACCCUCUGGCUGUGUAUAGAUGGUGUGUGUGAUUUAUAUAUCUAUCAUGUACAUAUCAUGUACAUAUGUCUAAGAGAGUCACUCAGAGUGCAUGACAAAGGGGUGGACAUUUGUCUAACACAUACACCAGCUCUAGUCCCAUGGCCAUGUUCCUGACACCAUUUUGAGAUGACCUCUGACCUCUACACACACACACACACAUGCAUACCAACACAUACACCUCCCAAAUUCUUAUUCCAACCCGAUGUCCUGUGCUGCCAGUCUCAUAUAUCCUGUGUAAAUACAUAUCGUGUACACACUUGCUCACACCCACACACACUGUGGUGUGUCAGGCUUUGUAACAUAUCUUUACCACUGCACUGUGUCAAUGGUGAAACCCUGGCAGUGUUUGCGUUUUCAACCAUUCUUAGUGCGGUGUCCCUCGAUUAGUAACUGUCUCUCCCUCUGUUUGAGCGGUCUGUUUAUCUGUGUGAAUGUGUGUCUGAGUGUAUAUGUGUGUGUCUCUGUUUGCUGGUUUGGGUUUUGUUGACAAUGUUAUUUUUUUGUUUUUUUACUCUCUGCUUUUUGGAAAGUUCUGCAUUCUAUACAGGCGCACACACACACUAAAAUUACGCCAACUAUUGAACUGAUCAGACUAGCUGGUUGGAAUAUAACCGGGAUGGAAGGGGCUGAAUUCAGAGCAGUUGUUGAGGAUAGAAAUCUGUUAUGACACACACACACACACACACACACACACACAGGAAAUGGAGGGUAAACAAGGAGACAACUGCAUUUUUAUUGAUUAACAGUACAUUUAUUAAUUUUAUUUCAUCUAAUCAGUGGAAUUUUAGUCUUUAUAUUGCCCAUUCAGGUGGAGAGAAGAGUGAUCAGUGAAGUAUUUAUGGAUUUAAACCAGAGAGCGAUGUAUGCAUGUUUCAGUUUAAGCAUCUCCACCAUUCACCUACCUGAACUAGGACGGAAGAUAGGGUAUAUAAUAACUAUAUUAUAUUUGCAUCUUUUGAAAUGAAGAAAAAUAUUUUUAAAAAACUCGGCCUCCGUCCAGAAUAUUAAAUAGGUGACAUGAGAUAAUAAAAUAAACACAAAAUACUAUUUAAUUACAAAAAGUAUUGAGGAGCCUUAGCUUGGUGUGAAGCUCAUUGUUAGUACUCUCCCUGCGUUGUGAUGUUAACCUGUCGGGCUGCGCUUUCUUUCCCCAGCAGUUGUUGGAUGCUGGAGUUUUUUGCAUGAUCAUGAUGUACGGUAAAAUAAAACCAUAAAUUGAGGACGAUCAAAUGUUUGUCUGAUUGUUAGUAGGUCCUUUAUCAUAGCUUUGUUAUUCUUCAAAACGUGGAUCUUGAAAGUAUUUAAUAAAAAUACUAUUUCAGCACCG